GUCUUCUUUUUCUAUCCGGUCUACUAACCUAACCUAAUUUUUUUUAAUGUCAAAAAUAGGUAGUAAAUUAGUAAAUAAUAGCAACAUUUUGAUUUAAAGACUUAGUUAGGAACAAUAUUAUGGUCUUUAAAUGCCAAGAAGACUCUUUCCUUAAAGAGUUCACUUCCAAAGUAGUUACUUGCGAUAAAGUUCAGAUCCAAGAAGUAGUAAAUGGAACAACUCAUACAGUGGAUAGUUAUGAAGUAAUCCUAGAAGACACCAUAUUAUUUCCAGAAGGAGGUGGCCAGCCUUGUGAUUAUGGUUUUUUGAAUAACUUGCCCGUCAAAAAAAUCUUAAGGAAGGAAGACAAAGCUGUUCACUAUGUAUCUCAAGAAUUACAGGUAGGUACUACUGUAGAACAAAAGAUUGAUUGGGAAAGACGUUUUGAUCACAUGCAACAACAUUCGGGCCAACAUUUGUUAUCGGCCGUACUUGAACAGCACUUUAAAGCUAACACAGUGUCUUGGUGGCUGGGGGAAGAGGACUCUUAUGUAGAACUAGACAUAGCUUCAUUUUUAGAAAAGGAUAUACAGAUAGCUGAAGAGAUGGUAAAUGUUUUCAUUAGACAGGGAAAACCAGUAACAGUUACUAUUUUUCCUGAAAAAACACCUGAAGAGUUACUUGAAAAAGUCAGGAGUGUUAAAGGUUUACCAGAUGACCAUAAAGGUGACAUUCGAGUUAUAAACAUUACUGAUAUUGAUAGUAAUAUGUGUUGUGGUACACAUGUAACAAAUUUAAGUCAGUUGCAAGCUAUCAAGUUGUUGCACACUGAAAAAAGUAAACGUAAAGAUAAAAUUUUGCUGCAUUUCUUAGUUGGUAAUAGGGUUUUAAAAAGGUUUGCCAUUUGUAUAGAACGUGAAAAAAAAUUAACCGCAAUUUUGAAUAACGGACCCCAGCAGCAUGUUGAACUUGUCGAAAAAUUACAGAAGAAUGUUAAAAUCAUUAACAAAAAUCUGCAAAGUGUCCUUAAGGAUGUAGCUAUCUUUAAUGCUGGAAAACUAAAAGCCAUGCAACCUCCACCAAAACAUUUUUCUUUGCAUAAAAAAGAAGCUGAACCUGAUUUUAUGAACAUAUUUAUCAGAGAGUUGGGCACAACAGAAAUAUUCUUAUUUUUGUCAGUUGGAGAUGAGAAGAAAGAUGGCAGUGUAGUUAUACAAGGAAAAGAAGAUGAUGUUGCAGUAUUGGGUCCAAAAGUUUGUAAAAUAUUAGAAGGUAAGGGAAGUGGCAAAGGCAAUACGUAUAGAGCAAAAGUCACUAAUAUGUCCAAGAAAAAAGAAGCUGAGAAUUGUAUUAAGGAGUAUUUUGAUAAGUAGUGCUUUACUUAUUGUGGUUGAUAUGUUAAUUAUUAAAAAAUAUUUGAAAUA